GCAUUUGAUCAAAGGCUUCCACUUCCUGCCUAAACAGUUGAGUCCAGGAAGAAGAAAUGAUGGCGACGCCUCUGGGGCUCGACGCGCCUUGCUUAAGAGGAAAACUAAGAAAAUGCAGCAGUAAUAUUGUCACAAAGUUCACGGCCAGUAAAAUUACUGGCAGGGGUUUCAGUCGGGGAACACAGCUUCCAGCUGGACUGCUCCAGGAGUCGGAUAAACACAACAAGUGGUAUGGCAUCCCUGUUCUCCUCCAAAAGCUCUAUGAGAGCAGCCAUCCCAACAGUGACCUUCUACAAGCCCACAGCUUUCUCAAGAUAUUGUCAUCAAGGUUGUCCUUUGAGGCGAUGACCUGUGUCACAGAGGACAGAAAAACUGCUCAGGAAUCCACCUUCCCCAACAUGUACACUUUUGACCUUUUUGGUGGAGUUGAUCUGCUUGUGGAAAUCUUGAUGAGACCCACACUAACAAUGCAGAAGAAAACCCCCAAAAUGAAUGAAGACUUGGUUAAAGACUGCCUUAGUGUUCUAUACAACUGUGGUAUAUGUAUAGAGGGCGUGACGAAGAGCCUGGCAGCGAGAGAUGACUUUGUUCUGUUCCUCUUCACCUUGAUGACAAACAAAAAGACCUUCCUGCAGACUGCUACUUUAAUUGAAGAUAUCCUUGGUGUUAAAAAGGAGAUGAUUCCGUUGGAAGGCAUCCCCAACCUGUCCGGUUUGGUCCAAAGCUUCGACCAGCAACAGCUAGCCAACUUCUGCCGCAUCCUGUCUGUGACCAUCUCUGAGCCGGACGCGGGAAAUGACGACAAGCACACUCUUCUGGCCAAAAACGCUCAUCAAAAGAAGACCGCCAGCCCUUCACGGGCAGAGAUCAACCAGGUGACUCUCCUAAACAUCCCUGGGUUUAUCGAGCGUCUCUGCAAGCUGGCAACUAGAAAGGUGUCGGAAGCCACAGGGGCGAACUUCCUGCAGGAGCUGGAGGACUGGUACACAUGGCUGGACAAUGCCCUGGUGCUGGAUGCCCUCAUGCAGAUGGCGACUGAGGAGACCGAGCAAAGCAGUACAGAGUCAUCAGAUGAAAGUUCUUUGGCCACCAGCCCCCUGAGACACAGACUGCCUCAAUCCAUGAAGAUUGUUCAUGAAAUCAUGUAUAAAGUAGAAGUUCUUUAUGUUCUCUGCGUUCUUCUUAUGGGCCGGCAGAGGAACCAGGUUCAUAAGAUGCUAGCUGAGUUCCGGCUCAUCCCAGGACUCAACAACCUGUUUGACAAGCUCAUCUGGAGGAAAUUCACGUCUUCAAAUCAUGUCGUGCACGGCCAGAAUGAGAACUGUGACUGUAGUCCAGAAAUAUCCUUCAAAAUCCAGUUCUUGCGACUCCUUCAAAGUUUCAGUGAUCACCACGAGAAUAAAUAUCUCCUCCUGAACAGCCAAGAGCUUAAUGAACUAAGUGCCAUAUCCAUGAAGGCCAAUAUUCCAGAGGUGGAAGCUCUCGUCAACACAGACAGGAGCUUAGUUUGCGACGGGAAAAAGGGCCUCCUCACACGGCUCCUCGCCGUCAUGAAGAGGGAGCCUCCUGACUCCUCCUUCAGAUUCUGGCAAGCGAGGGCCGUGGAAAGUUUUCUGAGAGGAGCCACUUCUUAUGCAGAUCAAAUGUUUCUCCUGAAGAGGGGGCUGUUGGAGCACAUCCUGUUCUGCAUCAUAGACAGCGGCUGCACCUCUCGAGACGUUCUCCAGAGCUACUUUGACCUGCUGGGAGAGCUCAUGAAGUUCAACAUCGAUGCCUUCAAAAGAUUCAACAAAUACGUCAAUACCCCAGAAAAGUUUCAGGCUUUCCUGACGCAGAUCAACAGCUCUCUGGUGGACUCCAACAUGCUGGUCCGCUGCAUCGUCCUGUCUUUAGACCGCUUUGAGAGUCAGACUGAAGAUGUCAAAGUGGUGGAAGUACUUUCGGAGUGCUCGCUGCUGUCAUACAUGGCCCGGGUGGAGAACAGACUGUCCUUCCUCUUCAGACUCAUCAACAUCAUCAACGUACAAACGCUCACGCAGGAAAACGUGAGCUGCCUAAACACCAGUUUGGUCAUUUUAAUGCUGGCCAGGAGAAAAGCAAAGCUCCCCUUCUACCUCAACGCUCUGCGGGAGAAGGAGUACGCUGAGAAGUACCCAGGCUGCAUGCUGAACAACUUUCACAACCUGCUGCGCUUCUGGCAGCACCACUACCUCAACAAGGACAAAGACAGCACCUGUCUGGAAAACAGCUCCUGCAUCCCCUUCAGCUACUGGAAGGAGACGGUGUCGGUUCUUCUGGGCUUGGACAGGACUUCUCUGUGCGCUAUAGUCCGCUACAUCGACGAGCCCUUUGAGGAUUUGGACAGGGACCUUCUGGAGGAUUGAUCUCCCGCCUGUUCACUCUGUUAACCGGGAAUGGGACGGAGCAAACGGUUGCAGGACACUCGGACACCCAGAACCGGUGGCGACUCCGAGCCCUGUGGGUGCUUCGUGACCGCACUGUGGAUGUAAAGCCUCACCUUCUUGAUAUCCGUACCCUUCGCAUGGAGGCUGUCGUCGCAGAUGUGGAAUUCGCCCGAAAAAAGUUUUCUCACUAAUUUACGUCCUGAUUUUUGAAAAAGAAGAGCAAAGCUGCUUGGAUCCGUCACACGGUUAAAUGGUUGUGAGCCCAUGGAAAAUGGCGUGCUUUGGUCUUCUGCUUUAGCAAAUUUUCAGAGAGAGCCUUUUUAUAUGUAACCUAUCCCACAAAAAAACAGAAAUAUCGACCAGUUGUGAAACGGAUCAUGAUUCAGAUGUGCUGGACGUGUCACGGGGCUGCUGGGAGUCACCAGCCUCCCUCUCACACUACCUUCAUCCUCUGUGCUGACUCCACCUCUGCCUCGUGUGUGGAGAACAUCUCCAUAUGAUAAAUGCAGGGCUCCUUUCCAAAGCACACCUUCAUUUCGUCUUGGUUCUUCUGGUGGCUGUAGUUGAUCGGCUCCAAUCGGAUCAUUUAGGAAACUCGAGGCCCGGCUUACACGUUCAACAUGUCACACAGUGUUCCUCCCGGCCAAACCAUUCGUUCUGUUGUGGCUUUAAAAGCUUUACCCAGGGACUGAUUUUUUUUUUUUUUUUUUUAUUAAGUUACUUUGCUGGUUUGUUCUGAUUAUAAAGAAAUGAAUUUUAACUCUGGAAAAAGUGUAGAAUAAAACAUUAGCACAGUUGAAUGACUUUUAUUGUUAAAUAUAUGUUAAUUCAUUUGUUCUUUAAAAAUAUUUUCACUCUGUAACAAAAGUUGCUAUGUUGUAAGAACCGCAAUAGGAUGAGAAUAAACUAUGCAGGUGUUAGUUUAAA